AUGGCAGAAGUUGAAAGCAGUGAAAUUCCUAGAGAGGUUGGUGCUCCUGCAGAUCCGGAAGAGGAGGAACGACUUGAAAAGGCCAGGCGUAAAGCCAAACAAAUCGAGGAUUUGAAGAACAGGGUCAAGGCAAAAGCUACUGUGAAGAAAAAGUGGUCUUCGCCGCUGGAACAAAACACUGCAAACGAAAGUGCAACUUCGGCACAAGAUACGGCCAGCAAAAAGACUGCAAAGAAAGACAAGAAAAAAACGAAAGCCGCUGCAAAAACAGAUAAACCUUCCAAAUCAAAAGACAAGUCGAAAAAGAAAAGAAGCUCCAAAGCCAAAGAAGAUGAACAUGACUUGCAUGAGUCUACUGAUGAAUCGGAAGGAGAUAUCAGUAUUCCCUUUGUGAUUGAGGUCUUGGCCGAUAGUGCACAGGAUGAGCAAGCCCUGGCAGCUGAUGUAGAAAAGGAAUAUAAAAAGUAUGAUAGCAUGCACAACUCUCACAACGCUUUGAGAGUCUUGGAGCGAGCUGACAGUGGCAAAUCCUUGAAAGAAAUGGCCCAGAAAACACGGAUUGAGUCCACAAAACCCAAACGAACCCGAUCCAUCAAUGCCCAACAAGCACUGGAACGAGUCAAUAGCAGCAAACCAUUAUCGGCUAUGCAACGAGAAGUGAAAACAAGAGAACGAAAUCUCCGUAACCAGGCUCGUAAGCGUCCCACUGCAGCAACUGGCAAUCCAGAGCGAACGAGUAGUUUGAUAACAAACGAUACGACGCCAAAGGGCAUGCCACAACGGACAAAGUCGUUGGGUUCCCAACGACCAUCCAAGGCACCGGCCAUUUUCGACAAUGAGGCACGCCGGAGGAAUGGAGGCGACGAUACUUCCUCACGUCGUAGUAAGAGAAGCAUUGAUGACGACUUGGAAGUAUCCAAACGGGGAGCAAGUUCAAGGCGGACUGCACGCAGUAUUGAUGACGACAUGGAAGACUCUAGAAGAGGGUCGAAACACAGUUUUGGCACUGGUGCAGGUAGAAGUUUCGAUGAUGACUUUGACGACUCCAGACGAGGAGCAAGUUCGCGACGGACUGCACGAAGUAUUGAAAUCGAGUGGGAUGAUGAUGUUGAUGGUAACACCGAUACUGAGUCAAGGAAAAAAGCCGCCGAGCGACGGGCUCGGCGAGAAUCUCAUCGCAACACCGGAAAUCAGACCAAUGAAGUCUUGCAACGUGCGGAUAGUGGCAAAUCUUUGAAAGAUAUUGCCAAUGAUUCGCGACGUAGGAGAAGUUCGAGCGUGGGAUCUCACAAGGGUAGUGCACCUAGAUCGCGACGAGCCUCUGUGGCAGCGCCUGAAAUAGUAGCAGGAGGUGGAGCGCCGUCGGAUUCCAUGCGCAUGAAGGAAAUUGAAGCACAAAUCAUUGCAGAAGAGAAAGCACUAAAAGAAAGCUCAUAA